AUGACCACAAAGUGUAUCUACUAUCAGUGUGAUCCACCUGGAGGAAUGCAACCUCCACUUUUCGUCACCUGUAUAAUUUUUUAUGUCUCUCUGUUCUUCAUAUUUGAAAAUGUGAAUGCACAAUGUAAAGUGAAUUUGGUCUAUCCCGAGUUGCAGCCAGCACAGUACAAUGGAUCAUGGUUCGUCAUUGCUCGAAAGGCUCCAUCGUCGCGAUCUUUUUUACCAUCGCACUUGAACUCAUCACUCAUACGAUUGGAUGUUGAUGGCGAUGAAAGACUGAACAUGACGGAGUACCACUCAGUCAACGGAACGUGCAUGCCACCACUCUCUGGUGUUUGGACCAAGAAAGGACUGGGCUAUUUCAUGGAAUUGCGGACGGAGAAUGGUCACCUUUACUCAAUGGGGUUGCGUGCUAUCUAUCACGAUUACUCUGGUGAACAGAACGAGGAGAUGAACAUGGUCGUUUAUGGCUGCUCACAAGACGACGGCUACGGAAACUGCAUGCCUAAUGAGGAACUUGUCAUGAUUAUGAGCAAUUCUCGGCAUCCGCAAACAUUGCAGUUCAAGACUCUCGAUACAUAUACUGCUUGCGGUGACGAAGUGGUAGAUGAGGAUCAAAAGCUUGUUCAUGCCAAGAUUGAUGAAAAUAACGAAUUUGUGGACGUUGAAUGUCAAGUGGAAAACCAAAGAAUACAACCGUCUAAAAUCAGAUCCUUCUUUGAUGAGCCGCGAGUGCUGACAGUAGUGGCUUACAUCGACCCAUCCUUGGCGAAUGAGCAAGUUGCUCAUAUAAGUUGUGACUACGUUAGUAAGACCUCGGCCACCUGCGAGUGGAUACGGCACAACAAAUGCUUCAAAACAGUGCUCAAGCAAGGCUUCUACGGUCCAUCUGCGCUGCGUAUCAGCUCCAAUUAUACUCGUCUUGAUGGCAAUGAAACCACUAUAGACUGGUCUGGUAAUGUGAUUUGGGAGAAUGGUGACGAAUACAUUUCUACCCACUGUCUUACAAUCGGUCAUGACGGAGCCUGCGACUCUUGGAGAGCGUACGUGUGGUCCGACGAAGAUCACAUGGAUCAACCGACAAUCCACGAGAUCUACCGACAACUGCAGGCCUAUUGCAUUGACCCAACAGACCUUGUUUUUCUCAACACCUUCCGUAAGAACGAAUGCUUGAGCGAUUCUGCUGCAGUGCAACCAACUAAUCAGUGCGGUCCAGUAGAAGGAUGGAGUCCACUAAACACAGAGAUGCUUCAAGGCGUUUGGUACUUCGCUGCCGACCUGAAUGCGGAUCCGAAAAUAUUUCUGCAAUCUGCCGUCAUCUCACUAACUCCGAAUGAGACCAAUCCGUCAAAAAUGCAUCUUCGUUACUAUGCUCAAAAGGAGGCCGACAGCGAAUGCGUAGGUCCCGGCGAAGGCGAGGCUGAUCUUAUGGAUAACGCUACCCUGGACGUCAACAUAGAAUAUCGAUACACCCUCGUGCCCAAAUUUCGGAACACGAUGAGAUUCAAAUACCAAGUCCUCUACGUCGACAAUCAGCGUGCUAUCCUUUAUUGGUGCUAUCGGCGUUCCACAAACGGCAUUUGUACUCAGCACGACAUAAACUUCAUGGUCAGAGCCCGACACAUCUCACAUAACGAUUUGUCACUGAUUUUACCAUAUUUGGAAAAAGUCUGUAUUGAAAAGGAUAACCUGCGCUGGUUUGACCUUCAUGCUCAAUGUGGAAGCGAGAUGUCUGCCUCGACCAAAUUACGACGUGAUUUGGUCACACUUUCGCAUUACGACGUUCUGCACAUCCUCACGAAUGUUCAAGAGCCCAAAUGUCUUGCUCAUGAGGUCAAAGGAGUACGCGCUGAUCUCGCUGCGAUCGAAAAAGCGGGGACUUGGUUCUUGAUGGCACGAUUUGACGAAAUGGCUUUGGACACCUACGCCAUGGUGAUGCGCAUUACAGUCGUAUCUCCCACUUCUGCCGUUCUGAGACUGUUUCAAGCAGCGGCUCUUCCUGGCGAACCCUUGGAAUGCUUUACAAGAGUUUUUACUGUGAAGGAAAUACAGAACGAGACUGAUUAUUUCUACGAACUGCACUUCGAGGCAUCGACGAAGAAUUCCACCACCAUGGUCUUCCGCUUCCUGUUCUUCAAUCGUCAUGUUGGUGUACUGUACUCGUGUUUGAGUAUUUCACAAGAUGGCAAAUGCGAUGAGCGUGCCAUCUACGUGGUUUCUCGCCACGAAACCAUCGACCAUUCCGAGCUGAUCGUCCUCGAAAAGGUCGCCAAAGCGGUGUGCGUUGAUCCGCAUGUGCUCUACCACACUGCAGCAUUCGAUGACUGCGUCUACGACCAUUCACUGUUGAAACCGCCGCCAUGUAGCGCCAUCGAAGCGAAGUCGUCGGUCGCGGAGUGGGAGCACCUAAAUGAGGAGCAAAUCAAGCUUAACUAUGGUACUUUUACAUACUAUGCGGUAGCUUCAAGUGAUAUUUUCGCCAAUCCUUUUGCUCUGCGAUUCAAUGGAAGGACUUUCGAGAAGAUUACUGAAGGGGCAUCUGGCUGCAAGUCCUCGCCUGUUGACAUUGAAUUCUCGGCACGGAAUCGACUGCUGGUUCGUGUGGGCAACGAAAUAGCACUUCUGCAUCCGGCUGCUUCGAGAUCCGAAUUGUUUCUGAAGGAAGCGCAAAUGACAGGCUCCUUACCUUGUUUACAUCCAAUCCAGCCUCGCAAUAGUACAUGUAACCAACUGUACGCUCCUUACUGUGAAGGAGCAACCUCCUUGAAAGUUGCUGAGCAGUUGCAUGGCGAAUGGGUGCUUUAUGCGGCCGAUCCGAGGUACGUACUGAACUGGAAAUGCGAGGUGAAGCCGUACGGUAGCGACCAGCACGAGUUCUCAUGUCAUAGCGAAGGAUGGUUCGGAGAAUGCGAACGCGACACGAUCGCCGUGCUAACGGUGGAUGCUUGGGGCGGAUUCCGCUUCUCGACACCGUCUCCGAUUCAUGUGCCUUCCGAACUCAUGUCUUCUGGCAACAUCUCCGUAGACGCUAUAGCGUUUGGGUGCGACCAAACUACGAAGCCGAGCAGACACUAG